ACACAGCCAAAUCAUAACUUUAUUGUGCAAUUCACAUUAUAGUUUACCUCGUUUACCUGUAAACAAACACAUGCACCUCCACCACUAAUGAGUACAUACGUUUUGUCGGUACCGCAUUCUACCAAACACAGAGACCGAAACACUUUAUUAAUCUCUCUCUCAAUGAAUUUUCAAUUCCAUUCAGUCAGUUUUCAGUUAGUCAGUUACGAGAGCUAAAAGCAAACGGUUACGUGUGUUUUGUUGUCCGUGCUUCUUGCGAUUUGCGUUCAUUGUAUAAUUUUUUCUGUUUUCGUUGAUUUUUGUUGUUAGUAGUGACCAAGUGCGAGAGCGAAUUUUGUGACAAUAUUACUUUUGUGUUAAAAUUGGAUUAUCCCUAAUGACUGGAACAAAAUGAAAUUAAGUGUAGCAUUGGAAUCACUAGUGGUGGCUCUAAUUAUCGUCAUAAUUCCCGCACUAGCAGAUGAUCCGAAGGAAGCAUAUUUCAAUGGAACAUCAUCGUACUUGAGAUUGGUCAAUCCAAUGCCAAUAUGGGGUCAUUCGGCAUUGAGUUUACGAACGUGUCUAGGCGGAGAGUUUCUAUUGCAACGAUAUAAUCGUCACAUGCUCAUGAUGUCGGUGAAUUCGAAUGCAGUGACCGUGUCUCUGCUAACACCGACUGUGUCGGUCGAGGCGAACGUUCCAUGCAAAUUGUUAGACAACAAAUGGCAUACAAUACAGUUUCUGUAUCAAUUAGGAAAUUUGAAUUUAAUUGUGGACAAACAAUCAACCGUAAUAGCUAAUUCAACGUACAAUUCGAUCUUUCUGACCGACACGGAAAUUAAGAACGAAGCCGCUGUGUUACUGUUGGGCAAAUCAUAUUCCGGAUGCAUUUUACAUGGACCCGGACUGAUUUUCAAUACAAGCGGGAUGAAUUCACAGGGUGUUGUAUUCGGACCAUGUCCGUUAAGGCCUGGCUCAUGUGAGCAACGUGAUGUGUUGAUCCGCGUACCUGUAGACCAUUGUUUGCACGAUCCUUGCAUGCAGCAUGGUUCAUGUAUAUCAAGAGCUGAUAACUACGAAUGUCAUUGUACGGCAAGGUACAGCGGUAAAAAUUGUGAAAUCGACACAGGACCACCGUGUGCGUCUGAUCCUUGCAAGAAUGAAGGCCGUUGCAGUGAAGAUAAUCGGGGAAAUUUCCAUUGCACCUGUGCUGCUGGUUACACAGGCUCGCUAUGCGAAACGGAAAUUGUCACACAUCCUCUGUGUGAGAAUAAUCCGUGUCAGAACAAUGGCACCUGUAAAGUUCCUCACAAUACGAACCGCUUGGAAUGCGAAUGUCUGUCUGGUUUUACCGGGCUACGAUGCGAAAUUGAUUUCAACGAUUGCGAAUCCCAGCCUUGCAUGAAUGACGGGGAAUGCAUCGACGAAAUCGGUGGCUUCAAAUGUAAUUGUACAGGAACCGGCUAUACGGGGACAUUGUGUCAGAUAAAUAUUGACGAAUGUGUGAUCAGUAAUCCAUGCCUGAAUGGUGGUGUAUGCUUCGAUACGUACGGUUCGUACACUUGUGAAUGUCAGCCUGGUUUUGGUGGAAAUAAUUGCGAACAGCAGGUGAAUGAAUGCUUGUCGCAUCCGUGCGGUAGCGGUACAUGCAUCGAUCUGAAAAAUGGCCGAUACAACUGUAUAUGUCCCGUUGGAUAUUCCGGCUUGAAUUGUGAAAUUGGACCACCUUGUCCAAGCGAAUGCGCACCAGAUAUGGAAUGUGUUAACGGUCAAUGUGUAUGUAUCACUGACAACGAUGGCAACUGCUUCAGCACUCCGAUCCCAAAAUCAGCUCAGAGUACGAGUUGCAACUGUUUGAAUAAUGGAACAUGUGCUGGAACAACAUCCAAUUUUUCGUGCAUCUGUCCGAGAGGUUAUACAGGAACUCUCUGCGAAACCGAUAUUGACGAAUGUAGCAUCACGAGCGGCAUCUGUGGCCAUGGUAUCUGUGUCAAUCAACCGGGAUCUUUUAAAUGCUAUUGCGAACCGGGUUUUACGGGUCUGCUAUGUGAUGUGGAUGUGGAUGAAUGUCUGAGUCAUCCAUGCAAGAAUAACGCUACGUGCAUCAAUAAGAUUAAUGACUAUGAGUGCUCCUGUCCGUUGGGUUACAGUGGUAAAGAUUGCAGCCUCGAUAUAGACGAAUGUGCCAGUAAUCCAUGCUUCAAGGGUUCCACUUGUAUCGAUCUGGUGGCUUCAUAUACCUGCAUGUGCAUACCUGGAAUGACCGGCCCUAGAUGCGACAUCGACAUCGAUGAUUGUGAAUCGCAACCGUGUCUGAACCGCGGUCAGUGCAAAGACGAACUCGGUGGAUUCACGUGCAAUUGCACGGGAACUGGAUUCACCGGCACCAAUUGCGAAGUUAAUAUCGACGAAUGUAUCACGAUGCCGUGCGAAAAUGGUGCCACUUGUGUCGAUUUGGUGAAUGACUACGAAUGUCGAUGCUACGACGGUUAUGACGGGAAGAAUUGUGAGCACGACAUCGAUGAGUGUGAAAGUGCGCCGUGUCAAUACAACGGAGAGUGUCUGGAGCGAUCGAAUAAAACGCUGUACACGUUGCCGGACCGAUUCACCACGAUGCCGGCGAUAUUCUCGCAACCAUUCACCUACGAAAAUGCGAGCGGUUACGAAUGCGUCUGUGUGCAGGGCAUUAUCGGGAAAAAUUGUGAAAUCAAUGUGAACGAAUGUGAAGACGAUCCGUGCAAGCACGGAAGUUGUGUGGAUGGUGUCGGUACGUUCACUUGUGACUGUGAUGACGGUUAUGAAGGCAAACUUUGUGAAACGGAAAUCGAUGAAUGUGAGCGAUACCAACCGUGCGUCAAUGGGAAAUGUUACGACAAGAUCGGCUAUUAUGUGUGCAAGUGUGAUCCACUUUGGGGUGGUAAAAAUUGUUCGGUCGAAUUGAUCGGAUGUCUGGAUCAACCGUGUAGAAAUAAUGGCCAAUGUAGUCCGUCACUGGAAAACGAAACGGUGCACAAUUUCAAUUGUACCUGCGUGGAUGGCUACCAAGGCGAUCGAUGCGAACAAGAAACAACUCUGUCGCUAGCAGCCAACAGUUUAGUGAUUGUAAACACAAGCAGAUCCGAAGGCUACGACAUUUAUCUCAGAUUCAAGACAACAUUGCCGAACGGGAUACUGGUGUUCGGUAGUGGCUACAACAGUUACAUUCUCGAACUGGUGAAUGGUCGAUUGAAUCUGCAUUCGUCGCUGCUUAAUAAAUGGGAAGGUGUGUUCAUCGGUUCGGGACUGAACAACAGCAAAUGGCACAAGGUAUUCGUGGCCAUCAAUUCGACACAUUUACUGUUAUCGGCCAACGAAGAGACGACCAUUUAUCCGAUUAAUUCGUACGAUUCCGGACUAUCGAACGUUAGUUACACAUCGUUCCCGGUGACAUAUUUAGGAGGAACUAUUCCGCAUCUCAGUUCAUAUUUGCGACACUUAACCCAUGCUCCGUCAAGUUUUGUUGGAUGCAUGCAAGAUGUGGUUAUCAAUGGGCACUGGAUUUUCCCGCAUGAAAUCAAUGCGAAUCAGUCUCUCAUCAACGUCGAGGCUGGUUGUCCGCGUCAAGAACAAUGUGAUCCAAAUCCGUGCCAUUCCAAUGGACAAUGCAUCGAUUUGUGGCAUACGUUCUCGUGUGCCUGCCCUCGACCGCAUCUGGGACACACAUGCCAGUACAACAUAACGGCGGCGACAUUUGGUCAUGAAAAUACGACACAUUCAACAGUUGUGGUGAACGUUGACGAGGCAGCCCAGCGAACGGUUCGAUCAGUUUUCGAUAUUUCCAUGUUCAUCAAGACGCGACAGUCAACGGGAGAAGUGUUUUAUUUGGGAAGCAAUCCGAAGAAGUCUAACGGCAGUCAAUCGUUUGUGUCGGCCAAAUUGAAUGGAGGAGAAUUGUUGAUUAAAAUCCAAUUGAAUGGAGCGCCUGAAGAGCAACCAGUCGGUGGCAAUCGAUUGGACAACGGUUACACUCAUCUGAUUCAGGUUGUGCGCAAUCAUACCCUAGUCCAGGUGAAAAUCAACGGAACCGAAAACUUCCGGAAAACCCUUUCAUCACUCGGCCAAUUAGAUGCUGACGUACUUUAUCUCGGUGGACCACCGCCAUCUUUUGAUGGAUCCGAAUUGCCACUCACCAAAGAAGAACAAGACAAAAUCUACUUCAAAGGCAUCAUACAGGAUGUGCAAGUUUCCAACGGCUCGUUUCCUAUGUCAGUCGAGUUAUUCCCGAUCAACGAACCAGAUAUCGUUUUGCCGAUGUCAUUCGGCGAAGUUCUUCUCGACGAUUCGUCAAUUCUGCGAGGAGAAGUGAGCGAUGAUUUGUGUCGAUUGGAACCGUGUGGUCAUAGUGCUGUCUGUAUGAAUACUUGGAACGAUUUCGUUUGCAUUUGCCCGCGAGGUUACAAGGGCAAAUAUUGUCAAGACAUUCAAUUUUGCGAAUUGAAUCAAUGUCCCGGCGAAGGUGUCUGCCAGAAUUUAGAUGAUGGUUACGAGUGCUUGACGAACAUGACAUUCCAAGGUAAUGAAAUGUCGCCACUGUCGUUCGUUUUCCAUCAGAAGGAUGAAAAUACGCCGCUUGGGAAGCUGUCACAAUCCGUUGUCGAGGUAUCCUAUCGCACGAAAACUGGCGGAACUUUGUUUUACGUCCAGGAGGGUGAAAUGUACUUUGAAAUUGCCGUGUACAAGGAUCAAGUUACUGUGCAAUGGAGACUGUCGGACAAGGAACUACCAGAAACUCGACGAUUCCAUAAAGAGAAUUCCAUGUUCGGCUGGGAGACGAUUCACAUUCGAGUGCUGGAUGACAUGAUCGAGGGUGGUUUUAUGGGAUGGCAAGACAGCAUCGAUCCACAACCGUCAUUCAUGGUUCCAGUCGACCAGAAUAUGUUUUCCGAUCUGUUAUCUGGAAAGUAUUUGGUUUAUUUGGGUGGUAUGCCACAAGUGGAAAGCAAUCACAUUCCGAAAGGCAUCAACAACGGGGCAGUGUUCAAGGGAUGUUUGGGCGAGGUACGAGUCAAUGGAUUCUUAUUGCCAUACUUUACACAAGCGGAAGUUUAUCCAGAGACGUUACCGCCACGACCACAUUUCCGUUUGAAUAGUUCGAAGCCGGAAGAGGGUUGCAUCCUAUGCUUUCAGCAGGACUGCCAAAAUGGUGGCAUCUGCAACAGUCCAUCCGACAAUUAUGCAUGCGAGUGCCCAGCUGGCUACGAAUCAGAUGACUGCUCACACAAUAUCGACGAGUGUCUGACCGCAGAGUGUAAGAACAAUUCGACGUGCAUUGAUUUGAUCGCCGAGUAUACGUGCCAAUGCGUGCCCGGAUUCACCGGAAAGUACUGCGAGAGUGAGAUAAAUGAGUGCGAAAGCAACCCAUGCCACAACGGUGGCGUUUGUACGGAUCUGUUAGCUACAUAUUCGUGUGAUUGUACAGAAGAUUAUGCGGGACCACAGUGUGAUAUUUUGAAGCAAGUGACGUGCGAUAAUCAACCAUGUCACAUCGGAGCACUUUGCGUUGAUGGUUUCAACGCUACGACCGGUAACAAUUUCACAUGUACGUGCAGUACAGGAUAUCAAGGACCGCUCUGUGACGAACCGUUUUGCAAAGUGGAACCAUGCCAGAACGGCGGAUUCUGUUUCACAGAUGAUGAGACGCCAUCGUGCAAAUGUAGCAUCGGCUACACGGGCAUCUACUGCGAAACGGAUAUCAACGAGUGCGAAACCAAUCCAUGCCAGAACGGUGGCACCUGUAUCGACAUGAUUGGUAUGUACAAAUGUCAGUGCCUGGGAACGGGAUUCGAAGGUAAGAAUUGCGAAAAUGACAUCGACGAGUGCACGGUCAACCGAAUUAGAUGCGGCGACAAGGGUUUCUGUGUGAACACGCCGGGAUCGUUUAGAUGCAACUGCGAAGAGGGUCUAUGUGGACCGGAAUGCAGACUGGAGAAUCCGUGCAUUUUGAAUGAAGUGUGUAUGAAUGACGGAGUGUGCAUUGAAGACUGCGGUGAAGAGCCGGACUACAUGUGUAAUUGUACCAGCGAUUACGUGGGGAAAAAUUGUACAUUAAUGACAAAUGUCGUUGACACAGACUCAUUUUCAUAUUUCGGAAAUUGGUAUUCCAUUCCAUCUAAGCUAUGGCAUUUUUCUUUCACUCUAUUUUCAUCCUCAAACACAUCAUCUUCAUCGUAUGCCUCGCUCAGAGACGACGAGGGCAUAACACCAACCGAUAUAGCGAUAAUUGUCGUACCAAUUGUGAUUGGUAUUCUGAUAAUUGGUGGCAUAUUCCUGGGCGCAUUUUUGAUGAUGGCUCGUAAUAAACGGGCCACAAGAGGAACGUACAGUCCGAGUGCUCAAGAAUAUUGUAAUCCCCGAUUGGAAAUGGACAAUGUGCUCAAACCACCGCCGGAAGAGCGACUCAUUUAGUGAUUAAAAUAGAAAUUAAGAUAGGGAAAACGACAAAAAACGAACCGAAAACAUUCGAUUUCACAUUCCAAGUUUUUUUUUUAAUUUAUUGAAAUUUUUCGUUUUGUUUUCAAUUGAAAAACGAAAUGAAUUUGCAUGAGUAUCGAUCGUGCUGAAGAUGAUCCCGUAACCAACAGAAAAAAGUAAAGAAAAAUCAAAAUGACACAUAAUUUAUAAGUGAUGUACGUGUUGCCUUUUACGAAAAUUACUUAAAUCGUUAGUAGUAUAGCUAGACAAUAUCGAAAAAACAUUGAAAAAAAAGAGAAAGAAAAAAUUGAUUUUUGUGAUAUUUUAAUUGUAAUGAAAAAGCAUGAGGAAAAAGAAAUAAUGAAAAUUGGGAAAUCGUGUCCGACAUGGACCAUCCCAAUUAAUUGUAUUAAAUGGAAGCAUUUUGUAUUACCCUACCCCCUUUUACACACAAUUCACUAGCAAAUAAUUUUAGAUUUGUAAGAACUCAUCGCUAACAAAUUACCUUGACCGUAAACGAUUGUUAGAAUGAAAUAUACAGAAAAAGGAAACUCGAUCGGUCGCUGAAUGAUUGGGUUAAUCGACUUGAACAAAUAAAUUUAUUGUUAACAGGUGGCCUUAACUAAAAGUAAAUCUAGGAACCGAUCCUGACCAGAAAAAACGUAGACAUUAUUUGAUCUGAGCCUGAACCUCAUAUGGGACAUUCCAGAUAAUUUGUGAUUUUUCGAAAGACAAUUAAACCCCACCAAAUUUGUGAUUCAGUUUUCUUCAGUUAGUCAACACUUUUUUUUUUGCUGAAAGCAAAAAAUAGAAAAUUUCGAAUGGAAUCUAAGGGCUUUUGGAAUAGUUUACAGAAUUUUGAAAACCGACACAUUUUAUGUUAUUUUGUGUUGCACAUAAGUUUCUGAUUUCUCCGUUUAAAAAUACAAUUCACAAAAAACCAUAAAACAGAAAAUGUGUCGGUCUAUAAAAUUCUAUGCGUGUAGACGCGGUAACGCCAAUGAAUGUAGCAAGAACAGAUAACAGCGCAAAAAGUUGCGACGCAAACGAUGAACGAAGAGCAAUUCAAUUCAGAUAAAAAAGGUUCUUUCAAUUGGCGAUAGUUUACAAAAGUUAGGCUUCGAAUCUUAUCAACUAUUCUACGAGCGAAUGUUUAUUGUCAACUCCAAACUUUAUAGCUACGAAAAUUAUGAACGGAUGUCUCGACUACGCAAAUUUACAUAGCUAGAGAUAAUCUCAACAUACCCAUCCUUACCCUCGAAAAAAUUAAAUUUUUUGAUAACAUCUUAAUGAGAUAAUGAGUACAUAGGAUGCUCAAAAUAUCCGUUUUGUCAGCAAAUUUCAUAUCAAAAAUGUCACAAAUUCGCAACUAAUUCUGGAAUGUCCCUUAUGAUCAAUUUUGACUUGAUCUGGAAAAUAGGAACCUGUCAAGAUUACCCGAAAAAUGUGCAUGAAAAUUUCAGUUCGCCAGGUUCGAUUGACGAUUGACCUUGGUGGGCCUAUUACUUGAACCAAAUCCACGAUCAAAACAAAAUUGUGAAGCAUAUUGCUCUUAGAACUUUUUGGGUGGAAUUUCGUGGAAAGUAUAAUUUCCGAAUUUUUUCUAUUAAAAACAACGAACAUAAAAUUUUAACAAAACGAAAGACGACAGCCCCAUAAUUAUCCUACUAUUGACUAUUGAAACUUCCACUCCCUGUAAUCGAAUGUAAAACGUAACCAUAAUGCGUACGGAGAAAGAAUUAAUUCUGAAAAUUCCUUAAAAUUCUUGGAAAUUUAUAAAUUCUCUUGAAAUCCGUAAAAAUUAGUGCACCUCUGUCUAAAAUGUUUAUUUUGACGAUUUGGAAGUUAUGUACAGAGCGUGGAACGUGGUAAUAAAAAAGGUAGUCGAUCAGUAGCGGAAAUACACACCAUCACACAAUGCCUCAAGUGGAUAAAUACCGAACUGUUGUCAAUUAACAGGGCAAUGAUUCUCAUACGUUCGUAACUUCAAGAAUUCGUAAUUUCGACAGUUAUGAGAUUUUAUACAGGCAACUGUCAAAUCACGAAAUUUUAGAGUUACUAAUUUAUGAGAAUCGAGGCCCAGAAUUGAAAUACUUGGCGUUUGUCGAAGUUAUGUCGUUGUCGUCCCAUUCAAGGAAAGAUGAAAUGAAAUAGAUUGUGGAAAUUGUUAUCGCCACUACCGCAAAAAUCAGCGAUGGCACUGCCUUCGAGUCGGUCUUUUGAGAUACGAAAUUUAAAAAUCAAAAUCAUUUGUUUGGAAAUUAAAUUUUUGAUCAAUGUGGUCCAUGGAAAUAUUGUUCGAUGAAGUGACAGAAGUGACCGACUUGCCGACAGCGUCAAUCAUUGAAAGUCCAGUGGAAUAGUGCUCAAAUCCAAAAUCUAUAGAAAAAUUGGUUUUGAUACCCGAAAAAUCGUUCAGCAUCAUUCUCGAGUUGGCUCAAUUUUUUAAAGACAGUCUUGUGUAGUCGUCUGUUAAUUACGCCCUUUUUUAAACAAAUAAUUUAACCGUCCAAAUGAAGUGAGCUUAUUUUGUGUAUAAAAUAGUUAUACGUUCGAACAUAAAUUGUAACGGUUCAAUCCAAAACGGAUGUUGUAAGCAAGACACUUUUCUUUUUGUACAUAAAAUAUUUUUUUUUUACUUUGCCUGAUGUAAAUUAUCAUUUUUCACCUCAACAGAGUAUAAAUAUAACUAUUACAAAUAAUAAUCUGCGUAAAAACUAAUGAAUAAUUACGUAACUGUAUACAGAAGGGCCUUUAAUUAUUAUGUUCAAUUACACAAAUGUACUUAAACGAGAAAUUUUAUUCAUUUUAUGGUACCGAUCCGAUGGAAAUGUAAUUAUUUAUAAUAAAUGUCGCAUUCUCAAAUCAAUCCCUAUUGGAAUAUGGAAUAAUAAAAAGUUUAAAA